AUGCGCCUCUUCGCCGUCCUCACAAGCUACCUUUCGCUGGCAGCAGCAGCCACAUUGGGGAAGCGUGCACCAACACCUGGCACGCUAUCUCAAGUCACCUCAUUCGGUACUGCGCCAACAAAUGUCAGCUUCUACAUCUACGUUCCGAAGAAGCUGGCACCUUCACCAGGAGUCAUCGUCGCUAUACACUACUGCACGGGUACUGCUCAAGCGUACUAUUCUGGCAGCCCUUACGCGACCCUCGCCGAGCAAUAUGGUUUCAUUGUCAUCUAUCCCAGCUCUCCCCAUUCCGACAAGUGCUGGGAUGUCAGCAGCAAGCAGACACUGAGCCAUGAGGGAGGAGGCGAUAGCAACACCAUUGCAAACAUGGUCAAGUGGACUUUGACGCAGUACAAAGCCGAUGAUGCGAAGGUGUUUGUGACCGGAUCGAGCAGUGGCGCGAUGAUGACGAACGUCCUUGCCGCCACCUACCCCGAUCUCUUCAAAGCUGCCAUCGCCUACUCCGGUGUGCCCGCUGGCUGCUUCGUCUCUGCUUCAGGCGAAAUCGAUGCCUGGAACAGCACCUGCACGCAGGGUCAAUCAAUUGCCACUCCCCAAGCAUGGGCGAAGGUCGUCACGGACAUGUACCCCGGCUACAAAGGCAGACGCCCCAAAAUGCAGGUCUAUCACGGCAGCGCGGAUACUGCGCUGCUGCCACCCAACUACCAGGAGACGAUGAAGCAAUGGGCUGGUGUGUUUGGAUACGAUUAUAACCAGCCACAGAGUACUAAAGUGGAUGAUCCUCAGAGUGGGUACACGAGGACGGUCUACGGACCCUUGGUCCAAGGUAUCUAUGCACAAGGCGUGGGACACACAGUGCCCAUUCGAGGUGCCGAUGACAUGGAGUUCUUUGGGUUUGCUUGA